AUGAGCGCCUCGCAGUCCCCAGGUUAUAUUCCGAGCGAAGAGGACGACCCUCGAACCAUUGUGUACGACCCAAGCGAUCCGUUUUGGCACGAUACCGAAGAUGACAAUGACGACAUGGAGUAUGUGCCCGCGCCGGGAGACAGUGAGGACAACGAAGAUGACGAGGACGAGCUAGAUUUUCACGACGCGGCGGAGGACCUAAGCGGGGUAGAAAUCGCGGUGGAGAUUACAGAAGGAGAUGAUGAUGAGGAUGAGGACGAAGACGACGAGGAAGAUGAAGGUGAAGCUUCACGCCCGCGCAGACCAAUCUACAUUACCCGCGACCAAAUCAUGCAAUUACUCGGCCACGCGGGAUUGGGACGGAUAUUCGCCUCCGGUGCUGCGUACAGAGCCGCGCGACGCCGAACCCUUCGAUUCGCAGAAGGUGACGAGGACGAAGACGAUAGCGAGCCGGGCACAGGCUAUGAUCCCGUAGGACCGAGACGAAAGCGCGGGAGGGGCAGUGCAGCUUUCCAGAAGGUGCCCAGCGAUGAGGGAAGAGAGCUCAUGAACGGGGGCAUAUUUGGAUCCAAUGAUCGGCCGGAAGACAGCAUCAAGAGGAGGAAGACGCUGGCCCAUCAUAUAAUGCGGCGAGAGCUGGGGCUAGGAAGUCAGGGUCGGCAGAAGAACGCAAACAGAUUGAUAAGGCAGGGCAUGAUUCCGGAGUCAGUAGCCGACACGAUUAUCCAUUAUAACGCGCGAUGUUAUUCUGGCCAGUUUUCCGAGGACGGCAAUUUCUUUUUCUCUUGCUCGCAGGACUUCCGGGUACGGAUGUACGACACCUCAAAUCCAUACGACUGGAAGUACUAUAAGUCUGUGGUAUAUCCCUAUGGCCAAUGGACGAUCACCGAUGCGUCUCUCAGUCCGGACAACCGCUUCCUGGCAUACAGCUCUAUAAGGAGUAUUGUCUGUUUAGCACCUACGGACCCAGAUAACGAGAACGAACCAAGCCUUCUCGAUUUCGCCAACACAGGAUCGCCUAGCACUCGCGGAUUCCACACUUACUUCGGUAUAUGGUCAAUACGCUUCUCCGGCGAUGGACGAGAAAUUGUCGCCGGAACCGGGGACAACUCAGUGUACGUCUACGACAUCGAGCGCCAGCAAUCCAUCCUCCGGAUACCAGGUCACCAAGACGACGUCAACGCCGUCUGCUUCGGUGACUCCCAAUCUCCCCAUAUCCUCUAUUCCGGAUCCGACGAUACCACAAUCAAAGUCUGGGAUCGGCGCAGUAUGGGGGACGGGCGCGAAGCGGGCGUCUUUCUCGGUCACACCGAAGGACUAACCUACGUCGACAGCAAAGGAGACGGCCGCUAUGUACUCAGCAACGGCAAAGACCAGACUGCGAAGCUGUGGGAUUUGCGGAAGAUGAUGACAAAAGACAAGGCGGAUCGCGUGGAUAUAAAUGCAUAUACGACUAGGUUUGAGUAUCGGAGUAAUGCGUACGACGAGAACGAUUACCGACCACACCCGUACGAUUGCUCGCUGGUCACGUUCCGUGGGCACAAGGUACUCAAGACGUUGAUACGAUGUCACUUUUCGCCGCCCGGGAGCACUGAUUCGAGAUAUGUAUACUCUGGUAGCUAUGACGGCUCAAUAUAUGUCUGGAAUAUGGAUGCGACGCCAGCAGGGAAGAUUGAUGUUCUCAAAGCGACCAAGAACUCGCGGCCGAGGGAUCCUCAUCUCAUGGCCGAGACGUACAACUUCUAUGGACGUAAUGGUGGCAGCUGGAUGACCUGUGUACGCGAUGCGAGCUGGCAUCCAAACGCGCCGAUCAUUGCAGCUACGUCCUGGAACGGAUGGGGUACUUCGCAAGGUACAUGUACCGUCCAUACAUGGAACCAAGGCCUGGAGGAAGACGAAGCGGAGCCCAAAGUCGGUCGACGAGUCAACGCCCAGCUGCAACACGACGACCGCCUGUACCGCAGCAUAGGCGGAAGCGCAAGAAGACAUUGGUAUGAGGACUUGGGAUUGGGCGAUGACUGAACGUUUUCACUUGUAAAUUCAAGUUCCUGUCCUUUGGGUACAUAGGAGGGGCAGCUCGGCGGGAGGAGGCUGGAUGCAGCCCAAGCUUCUAACAUGUAAAUUUGGAUAUCAAAACUCCCGCGUGCCCAAUGCCCAUAUUGUACAGCAUUUUCCGUCCCUGCUUCGUGCCAUGCAAGCCUCCUUCUCGUGUGACGGGCCAUCAAACUCCUUUGUUAACCCACAGGUUCAUCGCCGGUCCGAAUGAACUCUCCUCUGUGUACCCCUUCUUCCCAU